GAAAUAACCUUGUUSUGUUAGUUAACUCUUUGAUGAUUUUCUAAAUUAUAUGCUGGCUGUGCCUAAGUUAAGUGGGAAUUGCUGUGCAGACAUUUUCCCAUCCCAUUAUUUCCAUUCCUAUUGUUCAGUCAGUGAGAAUUCUGCCUCCCCCUGGACUCUAUGGCUUAAACUUAACGAUCAAAAGACAUGUAUAUGACUUUCUUAGAGUUGGAGGGUUUUGGUUUAAAGAUUGAUUCAUAUGUAUUGUUCAUAGAAAAGGAACUACCRUAAUACUAUCACUGCUCUCAUGUUGUUUACGUUCCAAGUGAAAAAGUACAAUUGCUAUAGAAUCAUACAAAUACAGUGUACGCAAUAGAGAGAAUAGAAGAAGAGAGUUUAAUUAAUGUAAAAAACUCAUGUUACUAUUGCAUGUUGCUCUUGUACAAGUACUUAUGUACAUGRCAGGAUGAUACACCUUGUAAAAAUGUUGUCAGGUUUAAAAAGGUUGCAUGAUCAAAGAACAAAUGUUAGGAUGGGAGAGCAAACAAUAAGUUUAAUAUCACGAUUACAGCAGUAUUUCAUUUCCCAAAGACUGUCUACACUAAAUAAUUAUAACCUCUAUGUUGAUAAAGUUCAUGCUUAGACAAAGAUGAUUCAAAAUUUUGAUUACUAGAACUCCCCAUUGAUAUCAACUACAAACCUGACAAUGUUUUGCAAUUAUGUUUAAAACACUAGAYUAAAAGGGUAGAUCCACUGAACUAUUGCAUUUUUAACUGCACUGUGAUAUAAUUACAUCACAGCAAAACAUUCUAUUAUUUGAACACUAAGGAUUCUAGUUGCUAGAGAAGAACAAUUACUGCAAAUCAUAUAUGAGCAAUCAUGUGUGUCAGGACUAGAUUAAUAGUUAAUAGUACCAAAUUUGCACAGUUUCUGAGCAUAUAUUCCCACUGUUAACAUGCUGUGAUGUCAUUAUGUGAUAGGGCAAUUGUUCUGUUAAAACAAUCAARAAGACUAUGAAWCAGACAAAAKUCCCYGCAGGGGGGARGGGAUGGGAAUGGAUGUUCACAGGCUAAAGUUGCUGAAGUUGUCAUCUUGAUUCCUAAUAUGGAAACCCACUUUUUAAUUGUUCUGAAAGCAGUCAGACUUUACUCUUGAUUGCAAAAACGUUGUCAUAGAGAAAUAGACYUUUUGUGGUUUACAGAGAAAGGAUUAUAAUCAGCCACAGUGAUCUACUUGCGUCGUUGUAAUGCAUUCCUCUGAACAACGGAGAGCGUCCACAAACCAACUGCUUUGAAGUGCUGUGGAGGAGAUGAAACGACUUCAAUGGACAGCACAAAAGCAUCGAUGCUCGAAUCCGGCGAGUACGUGGAUCAAUUGAGCUUCUGGCAAAGGCCAAGACAACGAGUAGAUUUAGAAUUUGUCGAUGUCAGCUAUCGGGUUAAACUCGGGAGAAAUGACUAUAAAGAAAUCAUYAAAGAAGUGUCAGGGCAGUUUACCAGUGGACAACUUGUGGGAGUACUUGGCCCUUCAGGUGCUGGAAAAUCGACGCUAAUAAACAUACUAGCAGGAUACAGAACCAAGUUUGCCGAUGGUUUAAUAACUGUCAAUGGAGCCGAAAGGAAUCUUCGUCAGUUCCGUAAGAUGUCAUGUUAUAUCAUGCAGGAUGACGUUCUCUUGCCUCAUCUCACGGUCAUGGAAUCAAUGAUGGUAUCAGCAAAUCUACACUUGAAAGAAAGCAUGCCUUUAGAAGAUAAAGAGAGAGUGAUCGAUGAGAUUCUUCUCAACCUCGGGCUUGAGAGUACCGCUGACACAAGGCUGAGCGAGGUUUCUGGUGGUCAAAGAAAACGUGUUGCUAUUGCAUUAGAACUUGUUAACAACCCACCGCUGAUAUUCCUGGACGAACCUACCAGUGGUCUGGACAGUUCUUCCGCAUACCAGUGCAUAUCAUUGAUGCGAACCUUGGCUCAUGGUGGCCGUACUGUAGUGUGUACCAUCCAUCAACCAAGCGCCAAGCUCUUUGAAAUGUUUGACAAGCUGUAUAUCCUGGCUAAUGGAAAUUGUUUAUACGAGGGACCAGUAGCCGGUCUUGUCCCACAUGUGUCAGAACAAGGACUCGAAUGUCCCAAGUACCACAAUCCUGCUGAUUUCAUAAUCGAGGUUGCGUCAGGAGAGUAUGGYGACAAAGUCAUCCCUGAACUAAUCAAAUCAUGGCGARUUCGUGUCGAGGAGUCACGCAGAAAGAAAAGUCUUACUUGUAAUGAARUUAACGUUAAUAAUCAGAGUAACGGCAAGGAUUCCAUGGUCCAAGUUCUUCCUGAUUUGUCCACCAAGACAAGUACAGAUAGCAUUGGACUUAUUGAAGCAGUCAGCCAGACCACGCAGUUYGUAGUCCUAUUCAAGCGAGCAGUCCAGUCCAUUCUUCGCGAUCGCGUGUUUACUCAUCUCAGGGUCAUCUCUAUAGCAGCUGUAGGUUUGCUAAUUGGCUUGCUCUAUCUGGGCAUUGGUAACGAUGGCAACAAGGUUUUUAAUAACACUGGAUGCCUGUUCUUCUCGCUUUUAUUUCUAAUGUUCACCUCACUUAUGCCUACAGUYCUUACAUUUCCGAUGGAGAAACUUGUUUUCAUCAGAGAACAUCUCAACAAUUGGUAUAGUUUGAAAUCUUACUACUUGGCCAAAACAAUGGCAGAUGUACCAUUCCAGGUUUUAUUCCCGUUGAUUUACUGCACAAUAGUAUACUUCAUGACAGAACAACCUCAAGAAGGAUUGCGUUACACACAGUUCGUUGCUAUUACRAUAUUAACAUGUCUUGUUGCUCAGUCCAUUGGGUUACUUAUUGGUACAGUAGCGCCCAGUCUACCGACGGCYGUAUAUGUUGCUCCAGUAACAGGAAUCCCCGUUCUUCUGUUCAGCGGAUUCUUUGUGAACUUUGAUACUAUUCCAAAUUACAUGCAGUGGUUAACUUACGUGUCGUACGCACGGUAUAGCUGGGAAGGGACAGUAGUUGCUAUAUAUGGUAAUGACAGAGGACCUUUAGCUUGUGACAAAGAACGAUGUAUAUUUAAAAACAGUAAAGACGUUAUGGACGCCAUGGACGUUGAAGAAAGCGCCUUUUAYCUUAAAGGAGCUAAAAUAUAUUUUGAUUGCAUUGUGUUGGCCUUGUUUUUUGUGGCUCUUCGACUUGCGGCAUACUUGGUAUUAAGAUAUAAAGUCAAGCAUGAUAAUUAAAUGGAAGCACCUUCUGUAUUAUGUUCCUGUUGCCUUGGUUUAACACCUACUGUAUUAUGUCCCUAUGUUGUACGUUGGCUGUGAUCUGAUAUAAAUGAUGAAACUAUGGAUCAAUGCAGCUAGAAUUAUCAAAUGAUGUCCUACUAGGCUCCUUCAUCUCUUGGAAAGUCCCAUUAGCGUUCAUUAGUUAUCAUUCUCGCUGGCAUAUUUUCUUCAGUGGCUUGUUUCGUUUGGCAAUUACCCUGCUGCCACAUUUAAAAGGUUUUCCUUUUGGUUUUUCUGAGAUGYACCAACGAGCUGGACUUUGUUGGUGAGUUUUCUCAAGAACUACAAGUGAAGCAGAGUAACAACCAUCGCUCAAGACCCUGUCUCACGUGACUAAACGCCCUUAUUUGGUAUUUGGUAGGCGUCAGUAUUCAGUUCCUGGUAUUGUAGUGGUAAUGGAUGAUUAAGAAAAAAAAAACAAUAGAAGUAGGAGGAACAAUUAUGWAAGUUUUAGCCUAAAAAGUUAAUUUUAUAUUUGGGCUGUAAGCAUCAUUUGAUUUACGUUAAAAAAAAGGUUUUGCGUAUUUCGACGCUGCUUACAAUCGUUGUGUGGAGUGCUUGUAUCGCCAUGUGAUAGCGUAAGCAUGUUCAAGAAUGGAAGCAGCAAUCAAAUACUGACUUUCUACCGUGCUUAUAGAAACCCAGCUUCGUGUUUAUACAUGACUGCUCCAGUGUCUUGAUGGUGGAUGCACGCACUAUUAAAGUUUAUGUGCGUUAGCUGAACGUUGGAUUUUAAACAACAUUUUUCAGCAAAAUUGAAUGUUUAAAUCGUUUUAAUAAUUUGUAAAAUAAAUCACUGACUAAAUAAGAUAUUCAUCUAUAUUUGAAGGGCUUUUCGAUAAUAUAAACCGACAAAAAUAAACCUUGUAAAUAAACCUUUUUGGUAUAAACGACUCAAGUAAAACCCUUUUUACUCAAGCUACAAUCUUGGAUACAAAAACUGAAUAUCACGGGGGUGGGGUGGGAAGAUUUCGCACUGUGAUCAAUUAGAUGGUUCUGUAUUUUUACCCGAGGUUGUAGAAUGCUAAAAAAGGAAUACUAGUAAAGGUAAUUGAAAAAUUUCAACUUCUAAAAAGAUUUUAGAUUAAAAUUUAGUACAAUAUAGUUAGAUAAGUAGGGUUUUUUCUCGAUUUUCAGGAAUGUAAACAUUCAUUCUGACAUUCUUCGUUCACUUCUCCACUUCCUCAUUGUUCCUUUAUAGUCUCCUCAUCAUAACUACCACAAAAACGAAAAUAUAAUUCUUUCUAAUUAUUAAUAGUUGUAAAGCUCGAGUAUAAUCAUGCACCAUAAUAGAUUUAUUCAUAAAAAUUAAUUAGAUGACAAAAGAUAGAAUAGCUGCCUGUUAAAUUUAUAUCAGAGAUGUUUGAAUAUGGCUGCCGAUAUAUAAAGCGCCAAAAAUGGAGAGUGCGAUAUUGAACAGUGACAGCUUUGACGCGGCAUUAGUGUUACACGAGCAACUCUGAUAUAAAUCAUUUGUAUGUAGGUGUCAAUCCUGGGGAUUUUAGACCAUUAACAUUUCAUGAAUGUGAUUAUCGAUCCACUGACCAGAAUGCGUACGGCAAUAACUAAAAAUAGAUGAGUGAUGCUCUAUACGUCUUUGAAGACAAAAAACAAUCAGGAAAAUUAGUAAAAUCAGUGACUUAGAGAUGGUGAAAGCGAAAAAAAGGGAAAGAAAAAUGUUGAAGUUUAGCACAAUGUUGUACAAAUUAUGAUGCCAUUUUAUAUUUGUUGUAUAAUUUAGUUCUUUCAUGGACGAUGGAAAAUCACUCGAAUAGCAUUAUAAGGCAAAUUAAGGGAAUAUUGCGAUUUAGUGCUAGAUACCAUGCGCAUUUAUAUAGUGAAGAAGUGAAAAUAUGCCUUUUGCGACUUAAUUUGAAGAAAAACUAGUUCGACAUUCUGUGUCACGGGUUUAACGUUCUUUGACAUGCUCUUUCACACAGUUCAACCCAACUCACAACUAAUUCCAUGUUCUUUUGGUUUUGUUUGUAAGGACCUAAGUCCUUAGUAUUUUGUUUUGUUAUUAUUUGGAGUUUCAGAGGGUCAUUUUUGAUGAAUAAAAAUAAAAAUUUCAAUA